AUCAACAUUCGAUUCUGCGAGGAGUUCAACAAUGCCAAAGCGCUGCAUGACGACGGUCGCCUGGAUGAGUGUGUCGCAAAAGCUCGUGGGAUGCUCGAAGACCCUGAUAUCCCUCGUUACCACCGGAUCAAGACACUCUUGAUGCUAGCCUCAGCACUUGAGGACCCGUACGAAGCGAGCAAAUGUUGGUUAGACGCCACGGCAUUGUGGACGUCGAUUCGAUUUUGGAAUCCAGAGGGUCAAAACAGCAAACUGGAUGAGCUCAUGGAAGAAAUUCGCAUGUCACUUGAAGAGCUAUCAAAAGCGGUAGAAAACGAGGAAGCAGAGGAACAUGACGAAAGCAUCGUGCAUGUGCAUGACGACCAGGUUGCAGACACUCAGGCGAUGAUUCAGCGCAUGGAAAUCAACGAAGACAAC